AGCAUUUAAUAACCGAAAACUGAUUUCAAUUUCGCCUCAUUCGCUCUCUCUCUUAUGUAGCCACCAAUUGCCGCCACCACCACCACCAUAAUCGCCGCUGACACAGAAGUGCCACCACCGUGAAAGCCAUCGGGCACCACUUCUCAGAAGCCGGAAAACAAAGGAGAGAAGAUGCCAAAUGCACUCCACAAGGCUCUCCAAACGUACUUCUCAAGGGCAAGACGAACGGUUCCACCAUCGCCGGACAAUCCUUCACCCACCACAACGGCCUCCUCAGGCAGUUCCAAUGCCUCGUGGCUCUUCUCAGCCUGCAGAUUCCCAAAGACACCGUCCUUCGCUCUCGACAGGACCGCCGAUCCGGCUGACGGAGUACACCACUUCAACACACUCUAUGUCACGGACGACUCCGACCACCCACCGGAGUUCACGUCAAAUUCCGGCAGCCAGUCGAGCGGGUUCUCAACAGACUCGGUCUCGGUGGACAUCUCCCUGGACCUAGCUAGCGCCGUGGCCUCCGAACGCUUCUUCAUCGUUCCCGGGACGUCUAAUUCCAUUCUGGAAGAUUGCACCGGAGAGACGCCGGCUAAGAAGGUGUCCUCGGAAACCAAGACCGCGCUCGUCGCGGAUGGCAUUGCUGUAACGACGUUUUCGCCGGACCCCUUCGUCGAUUUCCGGCAAUCCAUGCAGGAGAUGGUGGAAGCAAGAGCGCAGGAACGAGCCGUAGAUUGGGAGUAUUUGGAGGAAUUGUUCUUCUGUUACAUGAAGCUGAACCAUCCCCAUGAUCACAAAUUCAUCCUGGCGGCAUUUGCCGACCUCUUGGAGAGCCUCGGCGUCAGCCGCGAAGUGGGCGAUCUGACAGCCGCCUGUAAAACGGGCGUAAUCUGCGACGCCGUAACAGGGGCCACUGCAGUGAACGGGAGGAGGAGAAGGAAAGGCCAUAUUCAGGGUGAGAAAUCUGACGGUCGGACUGUUGGCGGUUUGCGGACGGGAAAGUCCUUGGUGUCAUAAUCUCACGGUGUCCAAAUAAUCCGCAGUCCUCAUUUUCCGGCCGAAAUUACGUUACGUGUUUCCUGUCUUCUGAGCGGCUGCAGUUCCGAUUCCUGUGAAAACUGAAAACCCAUACAAAAACGAAGAAGAAACGAGACUUUUGCGGAAUCUACCGAGUCGCCAAAGCGGUUCAUAAUUCUCUACCGAACAGUCGAGCCAACGUGUACUUUGGUGGAGUUUCCCAAGUAACGAGUGUUCCCGUACCGUAUCUUGUCACUGAAAAUGAAACCGGCACGAUUUCAUGACUUUUGGGUGUUUUAGACGACAAAGUUGCCGGAGAAAAGCGGAAAGGCGGAAUUCCUCGUCGACGAAAAGAAACUCGAGGUGGGUUUUUCCGGUACCGGAAAAUUCAGGGAAGACGGUGAGAUUCAUUUGGCAAACUCUUAUUGUGUCGUUUUUUUUUUUCUUUUUUUGAUAGAUAUUGUAUUAAAAUUAGUGCCGGGUGGCGUGAACAGCGCCUGAAUAGGUGGAAAUUAAUUUU